AUGGGAAGUGGCAAAGAUGAUGGGCUACUGAACAGGAUCUCAUUCCCAGGACCAGCAUCCUUUGGGAGCAACCAUGCAAAUCCUCAUGGGGUACCACUCCGAGAACCAUUUGGUGUUCCUAUCCGCUUCGAUCCAAUGUACUGGGACCACCAAGCCUACAAUGGAUACUCGGGAAGGUUUUCCUACUUACCCUUUUCUGGGUAUGUCGGAGUAUAUGACUAUUCUUUUGAGCCUGCCUUCAUCCGCAAGAGGAAUGAGAGAGAGAGGCAACGGGUUCGUUGUGUGAACGAGGGCUACGCUCGCCUGCGAGACCAUCUUCCCAAGGAGCUUGCUGACAAACGUCUCAGCAAAGUAGAGACUCUGAAAGCAGCCAUAAACUACAUCAAGCACCUUCAGAGUUUGUUAGACUGCGAUCCUCUAGGGACGACUAAAACAGUUCUUCCAGCUACAGAGGCCUCAGCUGCUCCUAGUCUUGGUUUGAGAAAGGAAUGCAACAGUGAUGGAGAAUCUAAAACUUCAUUAGCUUCAUCGCCAUACAGUGAACUCGAGGAAGUUUGCAGCUAG